UGUAUAUUAGCAUGCUAAAAGUUUCAUCAGUGUAUCUAAUUCUACUAAAGCAAUGAGUCUUGCUCUUAAUCAUAAAACUAUGUCAUGGUAAGUACUUGUUUACAAUUAGCAUUUUGAACGAGGGAGCAAUAAUACAUACAUUGCAUAUUUAAUUCCAUUAAAAUUGGUGGAUACAGUUUGUAAAAACCAUAAAACGUGUAGUGUGUUGUUGUUAAGGUCAGCCACUUUGGUAGCUCAAGGACUGAGUUUAAAAACUAAGACCGCAUUUACACUGCAGGUCUUGAUGCACAAUUCCGAUUUGGUGACUAUAUCCGAUUUUUUUGAUGACCCGCUUACAUCAUCUUUUGAAAGUGACCCAUAUCCGAUAUUUGCAUUUACACUAUACACUGGCGAAACAGCCCAAGAUGUAAGUAAAACGGCGCGAUAUGCAAUGGAUGCAGAUGAAAUGAUUAUCAAUUUUGCUUUCCGCACUAUCUUUAAAGGUCAGUAAAACAUUGCUCUCGUAAGGCGGAGAAAAAAAGAGAAGAGCCAUUAGUGUCGUGUAAACGCAGUUCGUGUCCACCUGAGUUGACGUCAUUUGCCUCCGUUCCUUUUUCAAUGAAGUAUGACUCGCAUUUACUGGGGAAUAUCCGAUUUGACCGCUUACAUGGCAGACGCAAAUGCACGCAUCUGGAUUAUAUCAGAUUUAUUUCCACAUGAGUGAGGCCUGAAACCGAUCUGAGAAAAUUGGAAUUCAUGCGUUUUUUUUCCUGCUUGCAUGUUCAUAUAUCAUAUCCGAUCUGUGCUACAUGAGAGGAAAAAAUUGGAAUUGGGUCACUUGAACCAUGCAGUGUAAAUGGGGCCUAAGAGAUUGAUGGACUGAUACAGAGGGAUAUUGUAAGGAAAACUAGUCAGUUUAGCUCAAAGGAAAUUAUUAAUUAAUUUAUAGGGAAUUUUUAAAGAGUCACUUAUUUUAUAGCCGAGCAAAUGAAUGCAAAUACGUGGGCCGUAGCUAUCAACUAUGUAGUUGAUAUCAAUAUCCAUACUAUAGAGAAUGGGAAUCUAUGUCAUUGCACGUUGCAUUCUGCGUAGUCGUUGCCAUAUUUUAGGAGACGCUCAGGAGAGUACAUUGACACCAAAUAAAAAUCAACAUAGCAACGCUCAGUCUGCGGCCAAAACACUGCACAUAUUCAUUGUGUAUAAUACACUUGGAGAAAUCAUAAUUUCACUUUCACCAUUGUGUUGUGAUGUUUCCAAGCUGAAAAGCAGAAAUUAUGCUUCGUUUGAAAUCUGUUUUCACGUCGGUCAUGAGAGCAGCUAAGACAGUUCAUAACACGACAAUAUGUGUUUUUGAAAUGUAUAAAAUAAAUAUAAAAUCUACCUCCAUUACUACUCUAUCAUAGUGUUGGUGUCAUAAAGUUCCAGAAUGCAUUGCGCUGCUGAUGUCAUGUUCCUAUUCUCUAUAAGGAAAACAUUAUUUAUUAGCAAGGUAACUAGAUCUUUAGUUUAACCCUUUAAUGCCGGUUGGCGCAUCGGCGCUCCCGUUUGUGUGUCUCUCUUUAAGAGCCAAUAAAAACUGAACCCAUAUAGGUAGCACAAAAAUUCUUUUUGCAUACAAAACCAGAGACUUUACACAUUCGAGCCUCCAACAUGCUCCUGUUGCAUUGUUUUCACCCUCUAAUGAGUCUGAGUAAUAUGCGUUUACAACAAAAACAGCACAGCCGCUAACUGAAUACAAAUAUGUAGAUUUCCCGUGCUCAUAACUUCAUGAAAAAUUAUCAUAGAUAAUAGAAAAUGGCACAUCAUUAUUUAAAGCAGAUUCUCACGAUUAAAAAUUAAAUUAAAAAUUAACAAGUUACGGAAUGAUGUAACAUACUUAGCUUAAAACAUGUCUCUCAUCUUUGUGGGAUGCAAUGUGUAUCCAAUGUUCCCUGAACCAUCCAUGUUCGUUUUUUCCAACGUGGAAAAACACAAGAAAAAAAGGUAUCAUCUUAAAGCUUUGAAAUUCAGCUUUUAAUGCAUCUAUUCAUUUUCUAUGCAUCAAUCCAUUUUGAAAAACUAUUAACGAGUGCUAAGAAGUGCCUCUAAACUGGAAUUUACCGCCCGUGGGUGCCAUCUAGCUGUGAAAAAAUUAAUAAUACUUUAUUCAACUAUGCUAUCGGCACAAAAUUUGAACCAGAUGCAGCUCACAUGUAGGAGAGCAUCACCAAAAAAGAUUUUUUCUCCGAUCUUAUUGCCUUCCUGAGUUAUUCCAUGUCAAAUAAAAAAAAAAAAAAAAAAAUUAAUAACAAAAAUUUAUAUAUAUUUUAUAUAUUUUUUGUCUUUUAUCAGCAGUUUGUCAGCAUGAAAAUUUCCAAAUGUAAUUUAUAUUUUCUAAAAAAUUAAAAAGUGUUCUAUCUACUUACCAUUUGACUCUCCUUGCUAUAGUUUUUAUGAAAAAUCUUUUUAUGAAAGAUUAGAACUGUUAUUGGCAGAUGAUUUGACCAUACUAAACCAAAAUUGUUUGGACUGAAGACUGUGAACAAAUAAGAAUUAAACCUGAUUAAAAUCAAGUUAGAGCAUAAAAGACUAUCUAAUUAUACUUAUUACCAAGAGUUACCAACUCUCUUGAUGACAAACGUCUCAGUUACAUAGGUAACCCUCAUUCCCUGAAGGAGGGAACAGAGAUGUACGUCGGACAGACCGACGAAUAGGACCGACGAGGCCAAUCUGCAGCAGCUGCUCUCCUCGCAGCACAGGUAUUUAAUGAGCAGCAGUUGCGUUGCAACUGAACGAGCUGAACAAGUUAGACGGCAGCAUCGGUGGGGUACAGCGACUGUGCCAACGGGACGUACGUCUCUGUUCCCUCCUUCAGGGAACGAGGGUUGCCUAUGUAACCGAGACGUUCCCAUUCAGUCGGUCACUUUCGACGUACGUUGGACAGACCGAUGAAUAGGAAUCCCUACCAAAGCGCCACAGGCGCUGCCCCCUUCCAAUGCUCUGUUGCAAGCCUCCUGACAGGGCUAACAUGGAGAGUGUCGAUUUGUCGAUCUGUUCCCCAAAAACCCAUUCAGUGAGACUAUUGGAUACCUUUUCACUGGGCAAGGAACGCUGCAGAAGCCACAUCCUUCCCCCAAGGAGUUAUGUGGAGAAGUACAUAAGGACUAACCCAGUAGGGCUGUACCACAUAUGGAAGUACUGGGGUGACUCCAACCUGAUGUAAGACGGGUUCUCCCAGAGGGAAAGACACAGACUUCGUCUAGGAGCAACUGUGGAAUAACACAUAUGGGAUCCCUGUAGGAUCACACAUAUGGAACCCAGCCUAAACUCAGUUCUCAAGGAUACAACGGAAUAUAGGCCUGGCGCUAGACGCUCCGCCAUGUCUGGCUGCCAAAGGGUGAUCGGAGGUCUCAACAGGGUCUGCCUUGUAGGGACUCUCUGAAGCAAUAAGCAAAUGUAAGCGCAGCAAGCCGACACUAAGCCGAGGCCUCUCUGUGCCUCUGACCUGAGGUGAGAACACGGGAGGAGACCGGCUCAACGCGAAGGCUGUAGAAUCUAGCAAACGUGUUUGGUGUCGCCCAGCCCGCAGCUCUACAAAUAUCUGUCAGCGAGGCACCACGAGCCAGCGCCCAGGAGGAUGCAACACCUCUCGUAGGGUGAGCAUGCAACUUGAGCGGGCAGGGCACGCCUUGUACUUGGUAAGCCAAGGCGAUGGUGUCCACUAUCCAGUGGGCCAUCCUCUGCUUGGAGACAGCCUUUGCCUUCUGCUGGCCUCUGUAACAGGCAAAGAGCUGGUCUGAGGUCCUGAGGCUUUGAGUUCUGUCUAUGUACAGUCGCAAAUCGCAAACUGGACAGAGCAAAGCCAGGGCUGGGUCUGCCUCCUCCGGGGGCAGCGCUUGCAGGUUCACUCCCUGGUCCCUGAAGGGAGUGGUAGGAAUCUUGGGCACAUAGCCAGGCUGGGGUCUCAGUACCACGUGGCCGUGGCUGUCGCCCGGCCCAAACUCUAAGCACGAUUCAUCGACCGAAAAUGCCUUCAGGUCCCCUACCCUCUUGAUGGAGGCCAAUGCAACCAGCAGUAAAGUAUUUAUAGACAGAAUCUUUAAGUCUGCUGACUGCAAGGGCUCAAAGGGAGCAUUCUGGAGUGCUUGAAGCACCAGAGCAAGGUCCCAAGAGGGUAUGGAAGGGGGUCGAGGAGGAUUUAACUGUCUCACCCCCCUAAGGAACCUGACGACCAGGUCAUGCUUACCAACAGACAUGCCAUCGAUGUGUUUGUGGUAUGCGGAAAUUGCGCCAGCAUGAACUUUGAGGGUGGAGGGAGACAGCCUAUGCUCCUGCAAGAAGGAAAGCAUGACUCUGAUCGAACAUCCUCGGGGGUCUUCUCAGUGAGAAGAGCACCAUUCCACAAACAGGUUCCACUUCACGGCGUAAGCACGUCUCGUAGACGGUGCACGUGCAAGUGAUGGUGUUGAGUACCUCGGGAAGUAAGCCACCUAGAACCUCUGCGUCCUGUCCAGGGACCAGACAUGGAGUUUCUAGAGAUCUGGACGCGGGAUGAAUGGCGCAAAGCGACCUUGGAUGGGACAGUGGGACACUGGGGAAUUAAGGAAGCUGACUUUGUCGAUAUCCCUCAUGUCAGCCAGACACAGCCAGAGAUGCCGUUCCUGGACCACAUCGCACGACCCACUGACCGCGCCGUAUCCUUCGUUGCAUGAAGCCUGAGGUCCGUCAUGGCACAAAGUUCUUGAAGAACUUGCGGAUCGUGACCACCCUCGUGCAGGUCCUUCAGUGCCUUGGCCUGAUGGACCUGCAACAACGUCAUAGCGUGUAGGGUGGAAGCGGCUUCCCCGCAGGCCUGAUAAGCCUUGCCGGUAAGAUCCGACGAGUGCUUACAAGCCCAGGAAGGGAGAGACGGCUCCCCCCACCAGGUGGAGUUAGGGCACAGUUGCAUAGCAAUGGUCCGCUUCACAGGGGGGAUGGUGCUGUCCACGUACCGGUGAGUUCUUCUUGCACCUCCGGGAAGAAAAGAACCAGGGUGGGUGGAUGAGAAUCAGCACGUGCCACCCCGAGAUACCAACCACGAUGGCUCGGGACACAGUGGAGGAUUCCACACGAGCCUGACCUUGUUGGCGGCCCUGGAAAGCAUAGCCAUCAUUUCCAGGUCCAAAUCGGGCACAGCUACCACUGCCCGAAGCAACCCUCUGAGGAGGACUGGAUCGAGGCAGUGGGACCAGGACUCUGCCCCUUUGCAGGAACUGGAUUGCAACUCCGAGAUGGUCAUCUUCCCACAAUGGGUACAUGACUCAUCCACAAACGCUGUCUCAGCGUGUUGUAAGCCCAGACACAUGAUACAGUGCUUGUGACCAUCCCUCGGUGCCAGGUAACGACCGCAUCCAGAAACACACAAGUAGAAUGUCAUCUUUAAAAAGACGCAAGCUCUACUUGUGUAAGCUCUAUCAGGGACUUGCUCUUUAAAAGUGCUGAAGCACACAGGGGAACGGCCACAGCAACACAAACAGGAAUUAUGUGCAGCCUGAUGUGUGCUAUCCUCAAAAAAGAAAAAUAAUCAAAAGAAAGAGAGGACUCGACCCCACUGCUAUGCUGUCUGCCCCGCACUGGAGAAAAGAGAAGUAUGAAGAGCUGGACUCAUCUUAGAAGACACUUGCUUACAGAAACACAGAAACUUAUGUUCGGCUCGGAAGUGAAAAGCUGAAGAUGCAACGCACCUGUUGCUCUUAAACCCCCGCGCUGCUGAGCUGAGACCUUCAAGACUUCUAUGGCAUAUAUCUGCUAUUGAUGUGCAUGUGGUGUAUUCACCGCCACAGUCACCACAUCAGGAUGAACUCAUUGAGCACUUGAUAGUCUGAUUUGCUCCGCACUACGUACCCAGACAUUGGACUUAUUAUACUUUGAGAAGAGUUGUCUGGAUGACAAUCUCUGCCAAGUAGUUCAAAAUAACACUGGAGGCAACACAAUUCUUGACAUGAUCAUCAUGAAUAUGAAAACAAUAAAAACCUGAAAAUCUUCCCCCAUCAGUUCAAGUGACCAUACUUGUGUAUUUUGGAGCCCUAAAGCACAAUUAAGACCACUUAAACGGAUGGUACAACCUAUGAGAACUAUUCUACAACUCAUAAUCUAGUUAAUCUAAUGGACUUUGUAUAUAAGGCUAAUGAAGCAUUGGGCUCAGUGUGUACAUUACUAUAAGAUAUUGCCAAGGCAUUCAAUGCUAUCGACCAUACGGUAACAAUCCAAUGCCUUCUUGAUUUUGGAAUGAGGCAUAGCCUUAUUCCUUGGCUUUGGAAUUUAAUGACCAUCUGAUGCCAGAGGGUGAGAUAUCAUGGAUGUCUUUCUGAUUGGGAAUAUCCCUCAUCUGGCAUUGCUCAAAGAGCUAUACUUGAGCCUAUAAUCAUUCUAGUUUUGAUUAACAGUGCUUUUCAGAACGUAACAGGCAACUGGAUAUAUGUGAAUAACAUGACAAUUGCCCAGAGGUGGACUCCUCAACUACCCUUCAACAGACAUUGAACAAUCCUAAUGUUUUAGUAGAGAAUCAUAAAAUGAAACUCAACCCAAAGAAAUGCAAGGUCUUGCCUGUCACUAGCACGAGGCAGGAACUGGUGGAGCCUUUAUUCACCAUUGAUCAAAACAUCUUGGAAAUUUGGGACAUGUUUUUGGGGUAUUAUUCAGAUUGAUUUGAAAUAGGAUUGUCAAGUGGACCACAUGUUGUCCUUGGCUAACAGAAAGCUUUUUGUCCUCUGUCGGUUAAAGAAAUUUGCUGUCUGUGAUCUUGAUUUGGUUACCAUCUAUAAAGGUAUGUGCGCCAUAGUUUUCUAUUUUGUCUUACACAAUGUUGAUGUUAUUUAUUUCUAGGUUGUGAAAUAAAAAUGGAGGAAACAAUCUUAAUGCCGAAAGUGUGCUUGCAUUUGGUCUUGCUGGGAAGAACUGGAGCUGGGAAAAGUUCAACAGGAAACACAAUACUGGGACGCCAAGCCUUUAUUAUAACGGAAACCUACAAAUCUGUCACUCGAGAUGUUGCUGCUGAAGUCGGUGAUAUUUGUGGAUUCGCAGUCACUGUUUAUGACACACCAGGAUUUUCUGGUACAGAGAGUAAGGAACAGCUUGAGAAAUAUCAGGAGGUUCUGCAGAAAUGUGGAUCAGGCCUGUGUGCUUUUCUCCUGAUUCUUCAGUCAGACAUAUUCACUCAAGAAGAUCAGAAAAUUGUGGAGAAGAUUGAGGAACUGUUGAUAGAAAAAUACCUUAAUAAAACCUGGAUUCUUUUCACCAGAGGCGAUCAACUGGAGAAAGAAAAUAAGAAGAUAAACAAAGUCAUUAAUGAGACUGAAAGCUUGAAGAAACUUACUCAGAAAUAUGAGGGCAGAUGGCACAUGUUCAACAACAAGACAAAAGGACAGAGCGACCAGGUGAAAUCUCUGAUAGCGAAAGUUUUCCAGAACAACUUCAAGAACUUUUCCAAAAAACCUUGGCAAAGUAUUCCCAUCAACAUCCACGACAUCUCUGCUGACAGUCUUUCAUUCAUAAGGAUUGUUCUUCUGGGUAAAAGAGGUGCUGGGAAGAGUGCAGCUGGAAACACAAUACUGGGACAGAAAGUGUUUGAAUCUUCAGUUUGCUCAAAUACAGUAACCCGUGAAUGCUCAGAGAGACACGCCACUGUUUCAGGCAGAUCUGUGUCUGUAGUUGAUACUCCUGGAUUCUUUGACACGCAGAUGAACCCUGAAGAGUUAAUGAUGGAGAUUGCCAAAAGUGCUUAUUUGUCCAGUCCUGGACCUCAUGCUUUUUUCAUUGUGUUCAAAGAUAAUAUGAGGAUCACUGAGCAGGAAGAAAAAAUUCCUCAUAUGAUUGAGAUAUUGUUUGGUCAGGAGGUGUUAAAAUACUCCAUCAUUCUCUUCACUCAUGGAGAUCAGCUGAAAGGAGAAUCCAUGGGUCAAGUCUUUGAGAAAAAUGGUGCAUUAAGACGUCUAGUUGAUCAGUGUGGAGGCAGAUUUCAUGUCUUCAACAAUAAAGAUCAGAAUAACAGAGAGCAGGUGAAUGAUCUACAGCAGAAGACUGACACAAUGAUAGAGCAGAAUGGAGGAGGACACUACAGUAAUCAGAUGUUUGAAGAUGCUUGGAGAUUCAGACAAGAGGAAAGAGAGGGGAGACAGAGAGAGGAAAAGGAGAGACAGAAAGAGGAUGAGAGGAGACGGAGAGAGGAUGAGAGGAGACAGGAAGAGAUGAAACGGAGAGAAGAAAUCAAGAGGACACAGAAAGAGGAAAGAGAGAGGACACUGAGAGAGGAAGAGCAGAGACAGAGGGAGUAUGAGAGGAGACAGAGAGAAGAGAAGAGAAAAGCACAAGGGAUAUUUAGUAAAGUUCUUAUCUUUGGUGCUGCUUGUGCUGGAGCUGUUGUUGCUGCACCUGUUGGUGCUGUUCUUGCUGGAGCUGCUGGUGUUACGGCUGCUGUUGGAGCUGUUGCUGGAGCUGUUGGUGUUACGGCUGCUGUUAGAGCUGUUGCUGGAGCUGCUGGCACACAGAGGAGACAGGAAGAGGAAGAGGAGCAAAGACAACAGGAGAAAAAUGAAGAAGAGCAGAACUUGAGAACGUAAAAAUGAGACCAUAAUGUCUGUCAGAUGGAUUGAAGUCUGCCAGAAUGAAAAUGGAAAACCGGAGGCAAGAAGGAACACCCAAGGCAAACGAACUGGUAGUCCCACAAGUCUUUAUAGAAGGUUCGCACAAUAACAACACUCUUCACAUACAUGUAAAAGAGCGAGUAUAAAACAGGAAAAGAAAGCACUCUGAUAAACACUACCAAUCAAAGUGAAAAAGAAACAUUAGUACACUAACAGCAGUCAGCAGUAGAGCAUCCGUCUCUCUUCACUCAAGCAUUCUCUCUAUCUGUGCGUGCACGUGCAAACAAUAACGUACGCCAUAGAAGUCAUUUUAAGCCUUGUUUCCACCACUUUCCCCAGGAACUAGGGACUUUGGAGUGAUACUCUGUGUGUUUCGACCGCAGAAACCAGUGUCUAAAUGAAUUUCCACAUAAAAAAUUCACCCUUAGAAAGUCCCUGCUCAUGAGGUAGUACUUUUCCCACGUUCAGGAACUUUCGGGGGUGGGACUUGGGUGCUGAACAUGCUGAUUGGUUGAGUUCACGCAGCAUUUCAUUUCAACAACCAUUUUUAAAAGUUUGUUGUGGUGCGUGCAGUAAGAGUCAUUUGCUAUUCGAAUCAACAAUGAAGUUUUAAAAAACAUGACUGACAGACUGAAGAUGAGGUUCAGGCUUUAUUAAGGUUAUAUGCGGAGGGCGAAAUCCAGCCGGAACUGAAAAGUUUUGUGCAGUCCUACACCCCCGGACUUAAUCUUCAUGUACUUUAGACCGCGAUGGAAACGCAGACAGCAACAAGUCUACUGUUCAUGUCAUGAACAGUGUUUAACAUUAGGUGGUCGUUACAAGGCAUAGUUAUAAAAAAGUUAAAAAAUGAAAUAGGGAAGAAUAAAAGAGAGGGAGAGAGAAAGAGAGAAAACAGAUGGAAGAAGGAAGGACCAUACAGAGUAACAAAGCUUUUACCAACAUUGACAACAGCUGAUAACGUCAGCCUGAGAGAAACACAUCUUCGUUUAACAUGGUGUUUGCUGGGAUUAUCAUCAUUAUUGUAGUGAUUUCACUUUUGCUCAUCUCAGGACACUAAUUAAUGUAGUGAUUGUUACUUGGGUCACCGCUGAUGUCAAUUAAGGUGUGGUUAUGAGUACAUCUGAUGACCACUUCCCCCCUUCUCCUAGUUAAGGGCACAAUAUACAACAAUGCCAAGGUCUUUGGAAAAAGGUUUGGUUCAGUGAUAUUUAUGUUCCACGUGGUUGAGUCCGAUGACAGUGACAUCUUCCACUGGUUGUGCUGGGUGACAAUACAGUGGGAAAAGGAGCUGGAAUCUGUUUCAACAGCCUUGAACACGAAGCUCUGUGAUCUGUACUUUGUUGGGUUGUACUGCAUUGCUGUUUUCUUUCACUUUUGUAUUGUUUGGCUACACACACUGUUUGCAGUUAAAUAAAACAGACUGCCCUGUUCCAGCUGCUACUACUAUGAUGAUAUGAAAUUAAAUAGUAUAGAUGAAAUUAUUGUGAUGUCAAUUAACAUAAAAUAUAAAAUAAUUAUUAAAUUUCAUCAAGUAAAUGUUGACUAAUUCUGAGUAAGUAACACCAUUUUACUUAAACAAGAAAAAAUAAAGGGAAAACUUUAUGGACUUGUCGACUUUGUUUGCAGUGGAAAUGGCCCUGAGAAGCACACAAGGCAAUCGAGAUCAAAAAUCUUCUGUCAGAAAUGAGCUUGAGCACAGUGUCACAACUGUACUUUACUUUCACUUUCACUUUUGAAUCAUGUGACGCUGUUUCUCACCGGAAGGGGCCGCUGUUACUGAUUCAAAAUGAUUUCAAUGAUUAUUGCCAUAUAAAUGAAUAAACAGUUUUACAUGACAAUUAAAAAAUGUAUUUCA